AUGAGUGAGGUGACAGAAGUUGAGGGGAAAAAGAAUGUCCAAGAUACUGCUAGUGCAGAUGAUAAGAGGGAUAUGUUCAUGCAGAUAAUACAAAUGACUUUUACGUCUCGCGAGGCUGCGUAUGAUUUCUACAACAGCUAUGCUAGAGAUAAUGGUUUCAGCAUUAGAAAGAAUAGGGUCAGACAAGGAAAACGUGACAGCAGGUUGCUAACCGAGGAAGGACACAGCCGUAGGCUCAGACCCGAGACACGCUGCCACUGCGAAGCGCACCUGACCGUGAAGCUUGACCAAAAGCGUGGGGUUUGGUAUGUUGAUAGUUUUGAGGACAAGCAUAGCCAUAUCUUGGCAGGACCGGACGAGGUACCUUUUCUUUGGUCCCACAGAAAAAUCAAAGAGUACCAGAGAGCUGAGAUACUGUCCAUGGGAGCUGCAGGGAUUAGAAUUCACGACAUGAUGGAUUCCUUCAUCAGCAAACAUGUAUGGUAUGGCGGUGUUGGUUUUACCAGGCGUGAAAUAUACAACCUUUGCGCCAGGGAGAAGAGGAAGCUGCUUUCAAAAGGUGAUGCUGCCACAGUCAUAGGCAUCAUGGUCAGUAGGAAACAGAGGGAUCCUAGCUUCUUUUUCGAGUACAAGCUAGACAAGGAAGGACAUAUGAAUAGGAUGUUCUGGUGUGACUCGCAGUCUCGUCAUGACUAUGAGGACUUCGGCGACGUGCUUGUAUUUGACAGCACGUACAAGAUGAACCGGUAUGGUAUGCCAUUCAUACCCUUUGUUGGUCUUAACAAUCACCGGAAGACCACUGUUUUUGCUUGUGCCAUAGUUUCGGACGAGACCGAAGAGACAUAUGUGUGGCUGCUGGAGACUUUUUUGAGGUCCAUGUGUCAAAAGAUGCCUAUGAGUGUUAUCACGGAUGCCGACGCUGCGAUGAUCAAGGCAAUUCGCCAAGUCUUGCCAGACGUGUGGCACCGUAUAUGUACGUGGCAUAUAGAAAAAAUAUGA